GGAUAUGACCUCAGAAGCGUAGGAGGUGUUCGAUUCUACUACCCGAGUCUGCCGUUGUGUAGUGUCGCGAGUGGUUGUCGCUAAACGUGUUCACUCCGCCCGCAUUGGGUCUAGGCGUAAUUUAAAACAAACACACUGUGCAUUUCCCGCGCUCUGUCGUAUUGUAUCGAGCUCAGUAACGCCAAAACAGCCAAACUGUCAAGAUGGCAUCGAUUGUGGACGUCCCCAAGCCGAGAGUAAACUGCUCCAUGCUGUCCCAACACAUCAACAGACCGGUGUGCUUCGUGGGAAGAGUGGAAAAGGUGAGUGCUGGAUCAGUGAGAUGGAGUGAAAGUGUUAUUUUAAUGACAGUAAACAUGGCUGACUUUGCUCCUCUGUGAAUGUGAUCAAAUAAGUAUUUUUUUUUGUUUUGUUUUGUUUUGUUUUUUAGGUUCACCCGUCAGGUAGUGCGUUCACCUUGACAGACGGUGACGGGAAGACUGCAAACAUUGAGCUUAAUGAACCUGUGAGUAACUAGCUGACAUAUCAUUGUUUGACCCGAUAUAUCGCUGGAUUUGUCCAUUGGCAUGUAGCUACACUCACGUUCCCCCUUAAAAUGUGUAUUGAGCCCUCUAAAACGUUCUUAAACACAAUAAAUACAACAAAGUAAAGGACUCUGUUCCCUUGAUGCCUGAAAGUUUGUGUCAUUAGCCCACCACAGCGUGUUUCUUCAGCUGGACACUCGGGGGCAGCAGUGAUUUAUCUGUUGUCAUUAAUGCAGAGGGUUUGCUCUGUGAAGGGGCAACAAAGAAUACUGUAAAUAUGACUUGCUUUUUUGUCAUAGCAAACACAGUACUAGUUACCGUGUAUCUUUGUCUUUGUAAAUAAUUUCAGAUAGCUGGACAGAAAUCCUUAAUUCCCUUAUUGCAAUAUUUUACUAAGCACAAUAAUAAGAAAAGACAAUGGAGUGUCGUUGUUUAUCAGCCACCAGCCAACUAGCUGUCUCAUUUCCAGCAUCGGUCAGUGAAAGAACUAAUAAUUGGCAACACACAUUGCAUAUUGCAGCUAAAAAUAGACAAACUUAAUAUUACAUAGAAAUUUUCCCAUCCUUUUCUUUUAAGUGUAAUUUUGCUUGUGAGAAAAAAAAAUCUUUACAAAGGUUUUAUAUUUAUCUUCCAGCUCGAGGAGGAGCUGAGCGGUGUGGUGGAGCUCCUCGGCAUGGUAUCCAACAAAGGAGUGAUCAUGGCUACAACAUACACCAUACUGCGAGAGGACAAAGGCAUUACUUUUGGUAUGUCCUUAUUUAGUAGUUAUUUAAACAUUCUAAAAGCAUCCCCAUUACUGGACAUUGAUAUCAUAUCUGAUCUUUCCUCUGCAGAUUUAGAGCUCUAUAACGAAGCCCUGAAGGUGAUCCAUGAUUUCCCACAGUACUACCCGUUUGAAAUGGCUGCGAGUGGAUGAAGUUCAUUUGGAUUGUCUCUGCUGUUUAUGUGUCCACUGUUUGUUUUAUGUGCUCAGUUUCUGUUGUCACUCAAGUUGGAUUUGUACAAAAAUAGUCUUAUAUAAGUUUUGGCAAUAAAAUUAAAACUUCUUGGAACUAUAUGAAGCUUAAGCCUUUUUUUUUCCUGGAAGUUUGAUCAUGAAUUUA